AUGAUGAAGUCGUUGCUGAUCCUUGGUGCUGUCUUCUUUGGAGCGGAAGCAGAGUCCCAGGACUUUCACAAGAUCUUGGCUUUUGCGCGUCAGCUGAAUCAGACGUUCGGCUCUCGUUCGGGCCAGAAGCGCCUGAAGCCGCAAACCUUCACGAUGCCCCCACUGCCAUUGCGAUGCGCAGCGGCGUGCCCGGGAAUGCAAUGCGCCUAUGAUGAUUUGGGCGCUUUGACGAAGAAACUCACUGGGGGUGACCAGGCAGCGAUGAUCAGCGCAUUAGCGGAUAGCCUUGGUGCCACAUGUCUCCAUCGAGACGCCAUCAAGUGUGGCACGGACAGCGCAGACUGCAAUGGCUUGCUGGACGUUGGCUCCGGUUCUGAGAAUCUGAUGUCGUGCAUCUGCGAUGAGUGUCCCAACUUUCCCAAAGUCUAUGAAGGCUGGACGCCCCUCAUGACCGCCGGCUCCGAGGGUGACGUCACACCCACUGCGGAAGAGAGGGAUGAACUUUUGACGGCUCUGUGCCCCAUGUCCUCCGUUCUCGCGUGCGUGGCCGAAAACUCUGUGUGUUCCUCAGCCUUCGAGAAUUUGGAGGGCGUUAGCAUCGGGAAGACCUUGGAGGCUGUGUCGAGCCUGAAACUCCAAUGUGUCAAAGCCAAUAAGCCCACGGACUAUGCCACACCCUACAGCUUCAAGUCGCCUAGCGGCUGUUCUAGCAGUGACAACCUCGUGGUGGGACAGAGUAGUGGCGCGGAUGGAUUGCUGCAGCUGAACUUGCUGGCAGGCUCCUUGCUUUCCAUUCUCAGCUGA